CUGCUGUCACUGUCAAUCGUGUUGCAACUCUUGAUGCCACGCUCGUAGUACAUUUAUUUUUAUUUUCUGUGUUAGAUUGUAUUAAAAAGACUUAAAAAUGGCUGAGACCAUGAAGCAAACAGUUGCAACAAUAUUAAAAAGUAUUGAAAGAUACAACCCUGCCAAUCUACAAACUUUAGAGAGGUAUGUAGAGAUGCAAUCAAGAGAGAACACAUAUGACUUGGAAGCAAAUUUGGCAGUCCUCAAGCUGUAUCAGUUCAACCCAGAAAAGUUCAACGCCGAUAUCACAUGCCAGAUCCUAUUGAAGGCCUUGACUAAUUUCCCACACACAGAUUUCACUCUGUGCAAAUGUCUGCUUCUUGAAUCUGUGGUGGAAAAUGAAACAAUUUCACAAAUCAAGUAUUUGGCUGAUAUUCUAGAGCAGUGUGACUUUGCACAGUUCUGGAACCGGGUUCACCAGAUGCCUGAACUAUGUAACAGAAUCAGUGGGUUCCAUGACUCCAUCAGAAAAUUUGUGUGCCAUGUUGUUGGAAUCACGUUCCAGACCAUUGAUAAGAACAACCUUGCUAAUCUACUGGGAGGAAUUGAGGAUGUUGCAUUGAAGCACUGGGUUAAGAAAUAUGGAUGGAGAGACGAUGGGAACCUCAUCUUUAUUGCCAAUCAGGAUGAAAACAUUAAGACUAAAAAUAUUACUGAAAAGAUUGAGUUUGACCAUCUUGCUCCACUUAUGGCUUUGUUGUAAACCUUAUGCAACUACACUGAAUAAAUUCUAAAAUAAAAUAA